AUGUUUGCACCCCGCCACGUUCAUGGUGCCCUGACUGUUUUGGCUUCCCACUUCCUGAUCACCCUGCUCGGGACUCCAGGUCUUGCCAAUAAAGAGAUCAUGAUGAAACCAGAGAUGAGCAUUCUUGGAGAUCAAGUGGUAAUCCAGGCUGGUGGAACAUUUGACAUAACCUGCAGGGGAUUGGCUGCCAUUACCUGGACCUGGGGCAUUGGGUCUGCAGGGAGUCGGGCCCGCAUCUUGGAACACCCCUGCUCUGACAACCCCCUUGUUACUUGCAACCAGCUCACCAUCUUCCACACAGAAGCUGGUGACACUGGAUACUUCACAUGUAGCUACAAGGAUGUCGCUGACAUCAAGGAUCCUAAUGGCAAGACCAGCGUGUAUGUGUAUGUCAAAGAUGACAACCAGGUAUUUGUGCAGACCUACUAUGAUACACCACUGGUGAUCACCGUGUUUACUGGAAUCCAAGAGGUGGUUGUGCCAUGCCGAGUUACUUCUCCUGAUAUCAAUGUCAAGCUUCAGUUGUUACACUCUGCCACAUUUUCUUAUGUAAGCCAAAACUGGAAUCCCAGGAAAGGCUUCAUUGUGACCCGACCUUCUUACCACUUCUACAGCAGCAUGCUCCAGUGCAUUGCCGAAGUUAAUGGGAAGACACACAGGUCAUUCUAUCUCCCACAGCGUCUGGAAACCAAGAGAGAAAAUAUCUCCAUCAGAUACAACCACCAGAAACUUCUAAUAGGAGAUACCCUUUUCCUGCAAUGUGUUGCAGAGACCACAUUCAAUGGACGAAUCAAACUGAAUUGGGUAUUCAAUCGACAAGAUUCCAAGACAACACCCAGGUGUUGUGAAAUUAAAAGAAAAUUGUACCAAGGAUCCCCAGUGUACAAGAGUUAUAGUAACUUGACCAUUUGGAAUGUAACUAUGGAAGACAAGGGUUUGUACAUUUGCAGGGAAGAAAACAAUGCUGCCUUGCAAGCCAACAUCACCAUCAUAGUGUACAAGAAAUCAUUCCUCAAUGUGAGCUACAAGAGAAGCCGCAUUUACGAGGUGACAGCUGGACAAAGUAUGCUCAAAAUGGGAGUAAGAGUGGAUUCUUUCCCUCACCCCAAUGUAACCUGGUUCAAGGAUGGAAAACCACUCCUAGUAAACCAUACUAUUCAACUUGACCCUGUCAAGUACAAACUCACAAUCCUGGAAGUGAAUGUAAAGCAUGCGGGGAACUACACUUUUGCUCUGAGCAACAGCAAGCAUGGACUCUACAAAAACCUCACCAUACAACUGAUUGUCAAUGAAAAACCCAAGAUCUACGAGAAGGAUACAGAUUUGAAGAACAUUCAGCCAAUACUCCUAGGCAGUGAGAACAUCCUUCGCUGUACAGCAAGUGGCCUGCCUCUGCCCUCCUUUAUGUGGGCUUGGGAGCCCUGCAGCCAGAAAGAUGAGCUGUGUAUGGAACGAGGCAAGCGGAUCCAGCUUUCUGAUGAGACUCUGAAAAAUUAUCUCCCUAUAGGCAACAGGAUCCUGUCCAUUGAAGAGAUGGUAGUGACAAAUGGAGAAAAAACAAAGACUCUGAGCACCCUGAAGAUAUUGACAAGCAACAUUUCUGGUAUAUACUACUGCAUAGCUAUGAACAAGGUUGGCAUUGAUGAGAGAAGCAUACAUUUCUAUGUCUCAGAUGUGACUGGCUUCAUGGAGGCAGAACCCCUGGUCUCAACAAUUGAGGGCUAUGAUGCUCGGCUCAAAUGCAAGGCAGCUAAAUAUAUCUACACUCAGCUCGCUUGGUUCAAUCCCCUUGGAGAGAAGAUUCCUGUUAUAUACACAGAAAGCUUAAAAAAUAACUACUCCAUCUCAUUGACACUGGUGAUUAAGAAUGUGACCCAGAAGGAUAAAGGGCAGUAUAAGUGCAAGGCUUGGACUCAGAGGAACAUCACCAAGAUAAUGCAACAUAAUACUCAGCUCUUAAUUAGAGAAAAAGUUGCUCCAUUCAUUAUUGAGAAUCUUACCAAUAUUGAGGUUAACAGCAGUGGAAAGAUUUUGCUGGAUUGCAAAGUGAGUGGAACACCACGGCCUAACAUCCACUGGUUGAAAAAUGGGGUUCCUAUUAUUCCUGCUUCAGGGAUCUUCUUUGAGAACAACAACCUUAUUAUUGAGCGAGCCAAAAAAGAAGAUGAGGGCUUCUAUCUGUGCAAAGCAACCAAUGAGUUGGGGGAAGUCAGCACAGCAGCUUUUAUCACUGUGGAAGGCUCUGAAGACAAAUCCAAUAUUGAAGUCAUUAUUCUUGUUUGUACUGGCCUUGCAGCUACUCUUUUCUGGCUUCUUCUCACCCUGGUCAUUAGAAAACUCCGAAAGCCCACUGUGUCAGAAAUCAAAACUGGUUACCUUUCUAUCAUCAUGGAUCCUGAAGAGAUGCCCCUUGACCAACAGUGUGACAGGCUUCCUUAUGAUGACACUAAAUGGGAAUUCCCUAGGGACAGGUUACAAUUAGGCAAAAUUCUUGGUCAUGGCGCCUAUGGUAAAGUGGUAGAGGCUUGUGCCUUUGGCAUUGACAGAGCUUCAACUUGCAAAACAGUGGCAGUGAAAAUGCUGAAAGAUUGUGCAACUUCCAGUGAGUUUAAGGCUUUGAUGUCAGAAUUGAAGAUCCUCAUUCACAUUGGUCACCACCUCAAUGUGGUUAACUUGCUAGGUGCCUGCACCAAACCUGGAGGUCCUUUGAUGGUCAUUGUAGAAUUCUGCAAAUAUGGAAAUCUGGCCAACUUUCUGAGAGGGAAGAGAGGAGAUUUUAUUGCUUCCAAGGUCCUACUCAAUCUGGAUAAAAAGGUGAAGAUUUCUCAUGAUUCUGACUGCAAGCCCACCCAGCUGAUUAACCACCGUCUAGAGAGUGUGACUAGCACAGGAAGUUCCACCAGCUCUGGUUUCAUUGAGGACAAGAGCUAUAGUGAAUCUGACGAGGAGGAAGAAAGUAGCCGCCACCUUCUGGGGGUCACAAUAACCCACCAAAUAGAUUCAAAUAAUCUUUACAAGCACCCCCUCACCUUGGAGGACCUGAUCUGCUAUAGCUUCCAAGUGGCCAAGGGCAUGGAGUUCCUUGCUUCCAGAAAAUGCAUUCAUCGGGACUUGGCGGCUCGGAACAUCCUUCUGGCUGAUAAUAACAUUGUGAAGAUCUGUGAUUUUGGUUUGGCCAGAGACAUCUACAAAGACCCCGACUAUGUCUGGAAAGGAGAUGCAAGACUCCCCCUUAAGUGGAUGGCACCUGAAGCCAUUUUUGACAAGGUUUAUACUACUCAGAGUGAUGUGUGGUCAUUUGGCGUCUUGCUGUGGGAAAUAUUCUCUCUGGGUGCCUCACCAUACCCAGGAGUGCAAAUAGAUGAAGAAUUCUGCCGUCAGCUUAAAGACGGAACACGAAUGAAAUCUCCUGAAUAUUCCACUCCUGAAAUCUACCAGACUAUGCUUGACUGCUGGCACAGUGUGUGCACCCUGAGACCCAACUUCUCUGACCUGGUCGGGCGUCUUGGAGAUCUCCUUCAGGCCAGUGUUCAACAGGAUGGCAAAGACUACAUACCCCUCAAUGGCACUGGUGGAGCACCCACAUUCAUGGCCCUGGAUCCUGUACAAGAGACCAUAAGUAGUAAUAUCAUAAUGGAAGCCAGCAUUGAAUCCCAGAAGGAUCCAUUGAUUGAGUCAUUUGAUGAGAUAAGGGUGGCCAAGAAAAAUGAGGAAGCUGUAUUUAAGGACUUUGAAGGAGAUUAUGCAACUGUGCUGAAUUGGGAUGAGAUCAAGACCCAGAAACACCUGGAAAAUCAUUUCUGGCCACAUGGGAUGAUGACCGUAGACCUGAAUGCUGUCAUCAAGAACCAGGAGUCCCUUCAGAGUGAGACUGAGAUGGAGCUUAUGAAAUACCAUUCAGCCUUUGAGCUUGAAGAGGAAGACCAGAUUAAGGAGACGUCCCUUCUGCCACUGGAUUCUACCAUCGAAAGUCACAGUCCACCACCUGACUAUAACUCCGUGGUCCACUACAGCACUGUACCUAUAUAA